AUGGGAAAUCAUUCAGUGGGAAUUCGCAAGUGUGCUAAGCAAGCAAUCAAGACGGGGACAACAUUUCAACACCAAGUUUCAUGUCAAAAGACGACUCCAAUGCCGGUGCCUAAAGGCCACUUUGCUGUCUAUGUUGGAAAGGAGGAGAACAAGCGGUUUGUCGUCCCAGUUUCAAAUUUGAAGCAUCCUCUCUUUCAAGAACUACUAAGGGAAGCUGAAGAAGAGUUUGGUUAUGACCAUGGGAUGGGGAGGCUGACAGUACCUUGUACUGAAUACUACUUCAUCAAUCUCAUCUCCCAGUUAGAUGACUUAUGA